GACCUUUAAUUUGACACGCACGCGCCUGAUUUUCAAAAUGAAUAUCAAGUUACAAGGAUAAAUAAUUUUGUCCUGUCAAAAAAUAAAUGUCAUUUUCCCCAAAUUUCUGUAAUUUAAAUCCAUGUCGAGCAAUACCAAAAGGGUGGAAAGAAAAUUUAAGUAGGUGUAUGUGCGCGAACGACUCGCCUGAAUGGAUAUUUUUGGAAAAUCAAAGGUAAAGAAAAAACCUGCUUAAUUAACACAUGGCGACUCGUUUGAGUCCACGAAAUUCUGAAGUAAAUGCUCUGGAACAAAGGGGAUAUUUAAUUGGAAAGAAAAUUGGUCAAGGAUCCUACGCUACCGUACAUUUAGCCGAUUAUGUUGAUAGCACGGGUCCAAAGAAAAUGCGCCUUGCUUGUAAAAUCUUUGAUAAAGAAAAAGCACCUAAAGAUUUUUUAGAGAAAUUUUUUCCGAGAGAACUAGAAAUACUAACAAAAAUCGAAAACCCGCAUAUCAUACAAGUUCACAGUAUUCUACAAAGGGGGCCUAGAGUUUUCAUUUUUAUGAGGUACGCCGAUAAUGGUGACCUUUUGGAUUUUAUAAAGAAAAAUGGGGUCGUACCUGAACAGCAAGCAAAAAUAUGGUUUAGACAAAUGGCAAGUGGACUUCAUUAUCUACACGGAAAAAACAUAGCGCAUAGAGAUCUAAAGUGUGAAAAUAUUUUACUUUCUAGAAGAUUUAACGUUAAAUUAGCAGAUUUUGGUUUUGCAAGAUUCUGCGUCGAUUCUGAUAACAGACGAAUUCUAAGUCAAACUUAUUGUGGUUCUGCAGCUUACGCAGCGCCGGAAGUGGUUAAUGGAACGCCUUACAAUCCAAAACUAUCAGAUGUUUGGUCUUUGGGUAUAAUUCUAUUCAUAAUGUUAAACGCGUCAAUGCCGUUCGAUGAUUCAAAUUUAAGAAAACUAUUAAAGGAUCAAAUGACGAAAAAUUGGGUGUUUAGAUCAAGAGUGAGAGAUACACUAUCAUCGAUAGCUAAAUCACUCGUCAGGCAUCUUCUAGAACCAGACUUAACUCAAAGAUUGACUUUAGAUAGAGUUAUCCAACACGAAUGGCUUAGAAUGCGUAAAGAUAGACCAUCACUCAUUGGUCGUUUAGUACAUUCGGCACCACAUGGUCAAACAGGUAGUCAGUCCGCACAUGUAAGUGGGGAAUAUGAGAAUGAAACCGUCCCUGGGGACUUUCAAAAUCCCGAUAAUAAGAAAAGUGAAAUGAUGAUUUCCGUAAACGACAAUUAGUAGGGAGAAUACUAUUGUUAAAAAUUCAAAGUUGAAAUUAUCAGUAGUGUAAAUAUAAUAAAACAGGAUAAAUCUUUU